AUGUCUCAAGAUCAACAAGCAUCUCAUUUGGAUGAAUUUAAACAUAAAAUAUUGGUGCAAAGUAUUGCAGCCUCUCUAAUGGAAGGUACUGCUCAUCCAAACAGUUGGGGAUUUCCCUCCUUCCUGGCCGAAGAUCCACACAUGUUGGAAUCAUUCUUCGGACCUGCCUUUGAAUCCUAUUCGAAAAUGACUCAAACUGAACAGCAACAAGCCAGAGAUUGGUAUGAAACCAAAGGUGCACUCAUUAAUACAAUGCUUGGAAUGACCAGUUGGGAGGAACAAGAUCGAGGUUCACUAAUUGAUUUGGAUUUAAUUACAUUCGCAGCCAAUCAUUUACAAUUGUACAGUGAGGUGAUUGAUAUGAUUGUUGAGAGAGUUUACAGUAAUUUGGAGCAAGAUAAGAAAGAUAUUCUGAGAAAUAGAUUCAAGACAGAUCCAAAGGUAUUUGCCACUCAGUUGGUGGCUAAUGUUCCAAUUUAUAAUAUGAAAAAUAUGGAAUAA